GUAUUUCGACGUAUCACAUUUUUCAAACCUGAAGUGAGUGAUACGACACUGAAACCAGCAUGCUAGAGAAAAUGAACGCUUCUUCUUCUUCCUCUCCUUUUGAAGUUGAAGACAAACUCUCUGUGAUCAUAAUUUAGGUCGCUUGCAUUUGGGAACCGUGGUUUUCGGCCGCUUGCAUUGCAUUGGAGUCACUGUGCCGCUAGGUUUGUAAGGCUAAAGUGUCUUCUCGAUGUGAAAGGUGACGAAGACUUUGGUCUUCAUUUUUCUACAGUCCCGUGUAUGUCUGUUUCUUCAUAAAGACGCUUUUGAGCUUUCUUUAUAAAGUAAUCACUAAUUAGGCGAAAGCCAUCAGUUUUAAGUUUUCAGUAUCAUAUUUAGCCGUUGGAUUGUGUACUUUGAAUAUCUCAUGACAGAGGAAAGAAUCUUCAGAACAUUCGGAAAUUGCGGAAGCUUUUAAUUGAUUAGACAUUGAAAAAUGGUUAAUAAAUGGGUUUGAAUUGUCGUAUCCUACCCAACGUUGCCCGCGGGAGAAAAAAUGAACUGUUAUUCAAAAUGGGGUUUAUGGAAAUAUACUGAUAUGCACUGGCAGCGUCUUUGCUUCAAGUUUAGCAUUGGGGAUGGCUGAUCAUUUUCUGGAAGUGGCUCUCCCACCGUCCAUUGAGCAGUUUCUUUUUCAAAUAUGUAAGCAACAGAAUCAGCCACUACCUGAUGCCGAAGUGCGAUGGGCGUUAGCUUCAGUGGAGGAAGAAGCGGCUCUCCAUGCCCUCAAUAGGAUCUCCUGCGGCCCUGUUUGGAACCUUAGUGGUUUUAUUCUGGAUAUGGUUCGUAAUGAUCCUUAUACUUCUCCUCAGAAGAAGAUGGUUCAUGUUUCUCCACACCAGAGUCCUUCCAGUUGCCACGUUUCUCAGCUUCAGAGUCCUCCGACUUGCUCUGUUUCUACGCUUCAAAGUCCUUCAACUUGCUCCGUCUAUUGCCCCCAAGGGCUAGGAACUGCUGAGCAAGCAAGCAUUCAGCCGGCAAUGCCAGAAAAAUCCAGAAGCUUUUCAUCUUCGGUUUUAGAUAGAGCAAAGGUUCUACAAUUUGUGGCUUUGGGGGAACUUGAGUUUAGAAAGGCAUUUUUAAUACUGAGUUACAUUGGAGGAGAAAGCCUUGAAAGGGUCACAACAGCAGAUCAAAUUCAAAGUCUGAGUCAGUUGUCCAUGGAAAAGUUUGAGGCUGUAGUUUGGAAAACAUUUGGUGAAAAAUACAUUAAGAAGGAAGACAGACGAGUGUAUGUUGAUUGGGAUCGUAGGAAAACACACAUUUACCACUGUUAUGUUGCUUUGGAUGGGAGGUACAUGUUCAAGGGUCCAUUUUUGAACGAUACUAGAACUCAUCUGCAAAGGGUUUUAGGCGAUGACAAUGUUUUGAUGGUCAAGUUUGCUGAAGACGUAGCUGAUAGAUAUUCAAUAAGCCAUUCUGGUGGUUCUUUUUAUGCUUAUAAUAAGAUUGCUAGAGAUGGCAUUGUUGUUGGAUUGCGUCGAUAUCGUUUUUUUGUUUUCAAAGAUGGUGGGAAGGAGGAAAAAAAGAAGAAUCCAACCACAUCAGCUGUGAAAUGCUAUUUUGUCAGAAUGGAGUCAGAUGUGUAUAUUGAUAAGAUUGAACCUUAUAAAUUAUCAAAUAGAACAGUUUUUGAAGCUCGGAAUCUUUUCAUGCAUGCACAUAUGGUGUCUAGUGUAGCAAGCUACAUGGCUAGGUUUUCACUCAUUUUGUCGAAGACCCUAAACCUCAAAAUUGAUUUAUCUACUGUAAAUGUUCAAAGAAUCAGGGAUAUACCCUGCAAAGAUGUCUAUGGUAAUGUCAUCUAUAGAGAUGGAAAACCUCUUAUACAUACAGACGGAACGGGAUUUAUAUCGGUGGACUUGGCUUUGGAGUGCCCUAUGAAUGUAUUUAAAGGGCAGGCAAAGCAUGAUGCUGAUCUUAAGAGAAUUCCUGCUUUUGAAGGAUUUCAGAAUAAGACUUUGCAACUAACGCUUCCAGGACUUGAACUGCGAGAACCACCCUUGCUAAUUCAGUUCCGACUUUUUUACAACGGCCUUGCAGUUAAAGGAACAUUUCUAGUGAAUAAACAGCUUCCUUCUAGAACAAUUCAAAUUCGCAAUUCUAUGAUCAAAGUUGAAAACGAUCCGGAUCUUGAAAAUGCUGAAACAGAGAAUUCACUGGAGUUAGUAGGGACCAGCAAUCCCCCGAAGAGGACAUUUCUUUCAAGAAAUUUAAUAGCACUCUUGAACUAUGGAGGUGUCCCGAGAGAGUAUUUCAUGAAUAUCCUUGUGGAUUCUUUGAAAGAUGUUCAGGGUGUUUACUCUAGUAAGCGUGCGGCUUUAAGAGUAUCCAUUAACAAUGGUGAUAUGGAUGACUUUCUAGUUGCAAGGAUGAUUUUAUCUGGAAUUCCUCUUGAUGAAUCAUACUUGCAAUAUCGGCUGUCUAUGCUACUGAGGGAGGAGAAAAAGAGCUUGAAAAGUGGAAGGCUUCACGUGCCUGAUUGUUAUUAUUUAAUGGGGACAGCCGAUCCCACCUGUACACUUGAAAGCAGUGAAGUCUGUGUUAUCCUUGAUAAUGGACAAAUCAAUGGGAAGGUUCUUGUUUAUCGCAAUCCUGGACUACAUUUUGGUGAUAUCCAUGUUUUAACAGCUAAAUAUGUGGAGGCCUUGGUUCCUGUCGUGGGAAAUGCAAAAUAUGCUAUAUUCUUUUCCUCUAAGGGUCCCCGUUCAGUAGCUGAUGAAAUAGCGGGUGGUGAUUUUGAUGGUGAUAUGUACUGGGUUUCGAGAAAUUCGCAGUUGUUAGAGUAUUUUAGACCAGGUGAACCAUGGAGGCCAAGUCCUUCAAUGGAAGGAGUUACAAAUAAAAAGCCAAAAGAAUUUUCUCCUGAGGAAUUGGAGAACGAGCUAUUUAAACUAUUCUUGUCUACUAGGUUUCAUCCAAGUUAUGCGAAGAGUGUUGCAGCUGAUAACUGGCUGGCAUUGAUGGAUCAGUUUCUAAUGCUGGGUGAAGAUCGUAAAGAAGAAAGAAAUCGUGUAAGGGCAAAGAUUCUCCAGUUGAUCAAUAUAUAUUAUGAUGCUUUAGAUGCACCUAAAAAAUGCGGGAGAAAGAUUGAAGUUCCAAAACACCAAAAGGCGGGAACUUUACCUCAUUUCAUGGAAAGGGGAAAAAAUUCAUAUGUUUCAACUUCAAUUCUUGGAUAAAUUUUCGAUACCGUUAACAUGUAUCAAGAAGAAGUGCCAAACAUUGAGGUUCAAAAACUUCCUUGCUUUGAAGAGGAAGUGCCUGACUAUAUCUUCAUGAAAUGGAAGUUUCUUUAUGAGUUGUAUAGACGCGACAUGAAAGAUGCCAUGCAUCUUGACCCUGAUGCCAAAAACGUAGCUGCUGAAGCCACCAUUAAAAAGUACAAGGAGAUAUUGUAUGGUGCCGAAGAGCUCGAGGGGAGCCCGAGGUCGAUUGAGGAUGUAUACCAGGAGGCUCUUGCAAUUUAUCAGGUUACAUAUGAGUAUGCCAUGAACUAUAACUGUGUGAGCUAUUGCGGCUUUGCAUGGAGAGUUGCAGGUUCGGCUCUCUUCAAGCUUUGUGCUAGAGAACAUUCUGAGAGGAGCUUUCUUUGUCUCCCUUCAGUUAUGCGUGAGAUUUUUAGUUAAAUUCCGUAAUAUUGUAAGCACAUAUGUACAUAUUCUCAAGAUGUAAAUAAUGUAAUGUAAAAUCUUAGGGGUUCAUAGAAACAUGUUUUAACCUAAAUAUUUAACAUGUCCUAGCCUUUUCCUUUAGCAAUAUGUAUCUAAACUCCAAUUUCUCUCUUUCUUACCCCUUCCACGUGCGCACGAACAUGGCCUGUGUUGGAAUGCCUUCGAACGACCAAAUGUGUAAGCCCAAAUUAUUUUUGUAUUUACCAUCUUUACGUUUAUGACCGUAUGGUUUAGAGAAAUAUACUAUAUUAACUUUUUAAUCAUAGAGGUGUAUCAACUCUGAUAUCUGUAGUAUUUGCUCUAG